GACAUCUUUGUCCUUUUAUAUCUCUUUACAUCCUUUAAAAAAAAAAAAGGCAUACAAAAUUUAUAUUCUAGAAUGCUAAAAAUGGGAGCUUUUUAUGCAAUCCGGCCAUCAUUGAGCCUCUCUUCUCUUUCAAGAGGACCCUUUCCCGUUACCAGGACUCAACUUCCUUUCUCUGAGAAACUCUUCUUCAGCAAAGCAAAGUUUGGUAAGCAAUGUCUUUUGACUGAUUCUGAAGUAGAUGGAUCUUUUAGUUCAAGAGUGGUGCCUUCAACCCUGAUAGCAGCAGAAAAGGAAGAAGCUAAGGCUGUGUUAACCUUAUUCUUGAAGAAGCAGGAUCUGAGCAAUGCAGUUGCUGCAAGAAUCAUCAACAAAUCAGACCUUUUUAUUGACCACCUUGUGUCAAGGCUUCAUUCUGUUUAUAAAUCUCGGUAUCUCGUAGGACGAGAGCUCACAACUCUUGAGAUCAGGGAUGCUCUUAUCCCUUAUCUUGAAUCUCUGCUUGAAGAGCAUGGAAGAAUUCUGGCAGAUGUGGUUGAAAAUUUUCCUGACCCACCAGUUAAAGAUAAACCUGUAACACAGGUAUCUCCUUUAGAUGCAGCCCUUGGUUCCAAGAAGUUAAAAGCUGUCGCUCGUGUUAGUGAGACAAAUCCAGCAGGGAAGCUCCUUCCCCAAGUUGUCUACCUCAUGGAGCUUGGCAUGGAUCUGGAGAAGAUCAAGUUAAUUACACGCAGAUUCCCAUCUUUUGCCUACUACAGUCUGGAGCGAAAAAUCAAACCUGUCGUUCAGUUCCUUCUUGGACUUGGUGUACCAAAGUCUGACAUUCCCAUCAUUAUUGGUAAAAGGCCUCAACUGUUUGGAAUUAGUCUCUCUGAAAAUCUCAUACCCACUAUGACAUUCUUAGAAAAUUUGGGUGUGGACAAGAAACAGUGGGCAAAAGUUAUAUACCGGUUUCCUGCACUUCUCACUUAUAGCAGGCAGAAGGUUAAGACAACUGUAGAUUUCCUCUAUGAAAUGGGCCUUUCAUCUGAGAAUGUUGGUAAGAUUUUAACACGCUGUCCAACCAUAAUAAGUUAUAGUGUGGAGGACAAGCUACGGCCUACAGCUAAGUACUUCCGGUCAUUGGGUGCUGAUGUUUCUCUUCUUCUACUUCGAUGUCCACAGGCGUUUGGCCUUAGCAUUGAGGCAAGUUUGAAACCUGUGACAGAAUUUUUUCUUGAUAAAGGAUAUACCGUGGAUGAAGUUGGGACUAUGAUUUCAAGGUAUGGAGCAUUAUAUACUUUUAGCUUGGUAGAUAACUUGAUACCCAAAUGGGAAUUCUUUUUAACCAUGGAUUAUUCAAAGUCAGAGCUGGUUAAAUUCCCUCAAUAUUUUGGCUACAGCUUGGAGAAGAGGAUUAAACCACGAUUUGCAGUUGUAAAGGAAUCUGGGGUGAAAUUACUUCUGAAUCAGGUUUUAUCAUUGUCAAGUCGUGACUUUGAAAAGGCUUUAAAGAAGAAAAUGAAGAAGCAGCUUACUGACCAGGUUUAACUGAUUCAAUAUAAAGUAUCAUUGGCUUACUGACCAAGUUUAUCGAGAAUGAGGCUUUAUUAGAUAUUUUAGGAGUUCACUUUCUGAUAUGAAAGGAACACUGAUGAGAAACUGACCUGGUCAGAGGGAAGAAACAGUUCUUUUAACAGACUUCAGGUGUAACUUACAGUGUCUAAGUUCAGAUGCAACUCACUGUCUGCAAGUCUCUUAUGCUUUUUAUUAACCCAUCUUGUUUUAAAUUGCCUUUAUGGUGAACAUAUUUUCUCUUUUUCUUUUUCCUCAAUAGGAU